AUGGAAAAUGAAGAGAGAAAUCAGUUAGAAAUUCAACACCAAAGAGAGUUGGAAAGCCUGAAAGAGGAUGUAGCAAGGCUUACCAGCCUGCUUGAACAGGCUUUGAGGCCUAGAGCUGGAGAAGGGACAUCUUCUCAACAAACAUUUACACCUCAGCCUCCGCCUCCAUUUAUUCCGCCAUCUGAACCUCAGCAUGCUGCUCAUUUCGUACCUACUCAAUCAGCACAUCCAAUGAGGGUCCCCCAUUCUGUGUUGAUAGAGGAAGAACCUCAAAGGAACAAGAUAAUAGAGGAAAAUGGUCAUGAAAAACUAGCUGCUUUAGAAGAAAGAAUGAAGGCAAUAGAAGGGAAUAGUUUGUAUGAUUCGGUGAAGGCCGCUGAAAUGUGUUUAGUGCCUAACGUGGUUAUUCCCAGAAAAUUCAGAGUUCCAGAAUUUGUUAAAUAUACUGGAACUCAAUGCCCAGUUACCCAUCUUAAAGCAUAUUGUAAUAAGAUGGCUGAAGUAGUCUAUGAUGAGAAGUUAUUGAUCCAUUUCUUUCAAGACAGUUUAAGUGAUGCGGCUCUUGCUUGGUAUAUGCGUUUGGAUAAUACCAAGAUUAAAGGAUGGAAGGAUUUGGUUGAAGCUUUUAUUAGACAGUAUAAGUUCAACAUGGAUAUUGCCCCAGAUAGAUCAAGUCUGCAAGCCAUGGAAAAAGGCAAUAAGGAGUCUGUAAGAGAAUAUGCCCAAAGGUGGCGCGAAUCAGCCGCGCAAGUAAAUCCUCCAUUGUCGGAAAGGGAGAUGACUGGUUUAUUUUCCAACACUUUCAAAGCCCCGUACUUUGAAUACUUGGUAGGUAGUGUUGCACAAAAUUUCUCUGAUUUGGUUGUCAUAGCUGAAAGGAUCGAACAAGCUGUUCGGACGGGUAGGAUCGUGGAUCCUACUGAAAAAAGAGGUUUUAUUGGAAAAAGGAAAGAAACGGAAGUUCACAAUGUUGAAAGGGAAAGUAGAGGGAAGAACACCUACCAAGACAUUUACAGCUUCAAAAGUAUUACACCUACCCCCUCUAUAUCCAAUAUAAAAUUCUCUUCACCUACAAACACCCAAAAUAACCCAAUAAACAACCAAACCAAUAAUGCCUACCGCCCAAGAAGAAAUUUUCCAAUAGAUCAAGUGCAACUUCCACCAUUACCCAUGUCUCUUACUGAAAUGCACCAAAGAUUGCUUAGUAUUGGCCAGGUAGCACCUGUUCCCUUAGAACCUUUACAACCACCAUUUCCUUUUUGGUAUAAACCCGAUAAAAAAUGUGAAUACCAUGCUGGUGCUGUUGGUCAUCAUAUUGAUGGAUGUGUUGCAUUCAAAAGAAAAAUCCUUCAGCUCAUCAAAGCUGGGUGGAUUUCUUUUGAUGAAUCUCCAAAUGUGAAUUCUAACCCUCUACCAAAUCAUGCUUCUGGAGGUGGGGGAGUUAAUAGCUUGGAGAUAGGAAAGGGAAGUACAACAACUUUAAGGGUGACUAUGGAUAGAUUGUAUGGGAUGUUGAGGCAAACAGAUUAUCUAAAGACACCAGUCAAAAUACAAGCUGUAGGGAAUGCGAAUGAAUAUUGUAAAUAUCAUCAGCAGCUUGGGCAUGAUAUUGACUCGUGCGAGGAGUUUCAUUUGGAGGUAGAAAAUAUGAUGACGUUGGGAAUGUUAAGAUUGAUGAAACUCAAAGAAGAUGAGUUAGUAGGAACAAUGACUGGUUGUAACCAGAAAGUGGAAGUUUGUAGAUAUAUACCAACCGAAAAGGGUCCACCAAAAAUGAUCCUAGCCAAGCCUAUGAAUACUGUUAGCGGAAGCUAUAAUGCCCAACCCUAUAAUUAUGGUUAUUCCUUUCACAGCACAAAUCCUGCCCCUGUUUUCCAUGAUGAAAUAGGAGGACUCACUCGGAGUGGGAGAUGUUUUACUCCUGAAGAGUUGGAAAACCAUAGAAAAGCCAAAGGAAAGGAUAUGGUGGAAUUGACAAAGACAGAUGAGGUUAACAAGCCAGUAAGUGAUGAAGAGGCUAAUGAAUUCCUGAAAUUGAUGAAGCAUAGCGAAUAUAGUGUGGUUGAUCAGCUAAAGAAAACACCCGCUAGGAUUUCUUUGUUGUCAUUAAUGUUGAGUUCAGAAUUGCAUAGGAACACACUUCAGAAGGUUCUUAAUGAAGCAUAUGUUCCUCAGGAUAUCACACAAGACUCCAUAGAACAUUUGGUGGGUAGGAUACAAGCCACCAACUACCUCUAUUUUACCGAUGAUGAGCUGGAUCAUGAAGGGACCGGUCAUAAUAAACCAUUGCAUAUCACGGUAAAAUGCAAGGAUUGUGUGAUUGCUAAGGUGCUUAUAGAUAAUGGUUCUGCUCUCAAUGUAUUGCCGAGAUAUGUACUUGAUAAAAUGCCAGUUGAUGCCUCUCACAUGAAGCCAAGUACCAUGACUGCUAGGGCAUAUGAUGGGUCACCUAGACCAAUCAUUGGGAGUAUUGAUGUUGAACUAAUCAUUGGCCCACAACCAUUCCAAGUCACAUUACAAGUAAUGGACAUUCAUCCAUCAUAUAGCAUUUUACUGGGGAGACCUUGGAUCCAUGCAGCCCGAGCUGUCGCAUCUUCUUUACAUCAACGGGUCAAGUUUAUCAUCAAUGGGAAUUUGGUGACUGUGAGAGCUGAGGAAACUUUGUCAAUGAUAAAAAAUAUGUCGAUCCCUUACAUAGAAACUGAAGAAAGUAAGGAUGGAAAUCUGCAUGCAUUCGAAGUUGUAAAUGCUGAAUGGGUACCAGAAAAUACGGUACGAAGAAAGCCAGAAAUUUUCGAAGCAGCAAAAAUGGCUGCUAAAUACUUCUUAAAGCAUGAACUGCCAUUUCAAUAUGACCACACUACCGGAAUGCCUGAGAGGGUUAAUGUGAUCAAAAUGAAGUGUGCGGAUCAAAGGUUUGGCUUAGGGUUUAAGCCUGGGAAAGCAGAUUUCAAAAGAGCAGCUGAAAUUAGAAGAGAAAAAAGAAUAGCCCGGAUUGAAAGGAGAGAACCAGAUGAAGAUCGAAUAGAGAUCCCACCAAUCCAUGAAACAUUUCCAAGAUCCGCAUAUGUGAUAAAAACUGAGGAUUAUGAGGGGGGACUAAGAAAAGAAUUCAAUAGUGUUACUAUUAAUUAUCUUGAAAAAGUCGGUGAACAAGAUUUAAAGGAAGAGGAUAGUACUCAUGAACAAUUGCCCCAGCUGACUAUUGGCGUUUUGGAAGAUGGCUCAUCAGAAUUCGUGAGGAAACUGGCCGAGGGAGAAGAUUUAGCAAAUUGGGAAAUUCAUGAAGUCCCAAUUGUUUUCAAAAAGAAAUCUGAAAGCGGAUUGUCGUAUACCUCACAAACUCAUUGCACUGUGGAUAAUUGGCUUAACUUUGAUGAAACUAUAAUUGCCAUGGAUGAAGAAGAGUUUGGUGAGGAAGAUAUCCAUGAGUUCACAAGGUUAGGGGAACAAUCUGAUCGCAUAUGGAAGCCUGCAAAAGAAGAACUAGAACUGAUAGAUAUGGGCACUGAACAUAAUAAAAGAGAGUUGAAAAUAGGGAAGCUAAUCUCUGCUGGCGUAAGAAGUGAAUUGGUCGCUCUUUUACGAGAAUAUAUUGAUGUGUUUGCCUGGUCAUACGCUGAUAUGCCUGGUCUGGAUACUGAUAUUGUGGUACAUAAACUACCUUUGAUAGAAGGAUGUAAGCCGAUUAAGCAAAAGUUGAGGAGGACAAGGCCAGAUAUACUAAUCAAAGUGAAGGAGGAGAUAACAAAACAGUGGGAUGCUGGAUUCUUGGAAGUAGUCGAUUAUGCUCAAUGGGUGUCCAAUAUUGUAGUAGUACCCAAGAAAGACAACAAAAUCAGGGUAUGUGUGGAUUUUCGAGAUUUGAAUAGGGCAAGCCCGAAGGAUAAUUUUCCUUUACCCCACAUAGAUGUACUGGUGGAUAAUGCUGCUAAGAGUUCUACUUACUCUUUUAUGGAUGGUUUCUCUGGGUAUAAUCAGAUUAAAAUGGCCGAGCAAGACAAGAAGAAAACAACAUUUGUUACCCCGUGGGGAACGUAUUGCUAUAGAGUUAUGCCAUUCGGACUCAAAAAUGCUGGAGCAACUUAUCAAAGAGCAAUGGUGACACUAUUUCAUGAUAUGAUGCAUAAAGAAAUUGAAGUCUAUGUGGAUGAUAUGAUCGCUAAGUCUAAAGAUGAGGGAAACCAUAUCCCAGCUCUAAAGAAAUUAUUUGAAAGGCUGAGAAAAUAUCAAUUAAAGUUGAACCCUGCAAAAUGCACAUUUGGAGUGAAGUCUGGGAAGUUAUUGGGAUUCGUGGUAAGCAAUAAUGGUAUAGAGGUAGACCCUGAUAAAGUGAAGGCCAUACAAGCUAUGUCAGCUCCUAAGACUGAGAAAGAAGUUCGAAGCUUUUUGGGGCGUUUAAAUUACAUUGCUCGAUUUAUUUCACAACUUACAGUCACUUGUGAACCAAUCUUUCGAUUACUUCGAAAGAAAAACCCUGGAGUAUGGGAUGAAGACUGUCAAGAAGCCUUUGAUAAGAUCAAACAAUAUCUGCAGAACCCACCUCUAUUGGUGCCACCUGUGCCUGGGAAGCCUCUCAUUUUGUAUUUAACAGUGACUGAAUCAGCAAUGGGCUGUGUGCUUGGCCAACAUGAUGAGUCUGGGAGAAAGGAGCAAGCCAUCUACUACCUUAGUAAGAAAUUCACUGAGUGUGAAUCUCGUUACAGUAUGAUUGAGAAGCUGUGUUGUGGUUUGGUAUGGAGUGCGAAAAGGCUCCGACAGUAUAUGUUAUACUAUACCACUUGGUUAAUUUCAAAGAUAGAUCCUCUAAAAUAUAUUUUUGAAAAACCAUACAUGUCAAAUAGGCUGGCCAGAUGGCAAGUGUUGUUGGCUGAAUACGAUAUCAUCUACAAAACAAGAAAAUCUGUGAAAGGAAGUGCAAUCGCAGAUCAUUUAGCUGAUAACGCCAUUGAAGACUAUGAGCCGUUAAAUUUUGACUUCCCUGAUGAAGAUGUGCUGGUAAUAGAAAGUGAUUGGUGGACCAUGUACUUUGAUGGUGCGGUGAAUGUGUCUGGUAAUGGAGCUGGUGCUGUAAUAAUUUCUCCAGAAGGAAAACAAUAUCCCAUUUCCAUUAAGCUACAGUUUAGUUGCACAAACAACACAGCUGAAUAUGAGGCUUGCAUUCAUGGAUUGGAAGCUGCAUUGGAACUGAAGAUAAGGAAAUUAGGGGUAUAUGGAGACUCUAUGUUGAUAAUUUGCCAGACAAAGGGGGAAUGGCAGACGAAAGAUGAGAAAUUGAAACCAUAUCAAGAAUAUCUCUCCAAAUUGGCUGAAAACUUUGAAGAGAUAGAGUUCAAUCAUUUAGGAAGGGAUAAGAAUCGGUUUGCGGAUGCCUUAGCAACCUUGGCCUCCAUGGCCACAAUCGAUUGUGGUAUCAGAGUACAUCCUAUAGGCAUUGAUAUCAGAAGCUCUCCUGCUCAUUGUUGUUUAGUAGAAGAAGAAGUAGAUGGCAGUCCUUGGUAUACAGAUAUAAAAAGAUUCAUCCAAUAUCGAGAAUAUCCUUCUGAAGUUUCAAAAAUAGAUAAGAAGACUCUGAGAAGAAUGGCAAUGGAGUACUUUAUAGAUGGAGAAAUCUUAUACAAAAGGUCAUUUGAUGGGACUUUAUUAAGAUGUCUGGACAGAUCAGAAGCCAAUAAAGCCUUGUGUGAAGUGCAUGGAGGAAUUUGCACCACCCAUGCAAAUGGGCAUAUGAUGGCAAGACAAAUACAAAGAGCUGGGUAUUUUUGGUUGACCAUGGAAAAGGAUUGUAUAGAAUUUGUCCGAAAAUGUCAUAAAUGUCAGGUGUAUAGUGACAAAAUCAAUGCACCCCCAGUGCCCUUAUUCAAUAUGGUGUCACCUUGGCCAUUCGCGAUGUGGGGAAUUGAUGUGAUUGGGCCUAUUAAUCCAAAAGCCAGCAAUGGUCAUCGGUUUAUCUUGGUCGCAAUUGAUUAUUUUACAAAGUGGGUAGAGGCCUGCUCAUAUGCUCAUGUGACUCAGAAGGUGGUCAAGCGAUUCAUUGAGAGAGAUCUAAUUUGUAGGUAUGGUUUGCCAGAAAGGAUAGUAACCGAUAACGCCAAGAACUUCAAUGGGAAGAUGAUCGUGGAAUUAUGCACUAAAUGGAAAAUCAAGCAUUCCAAUUCAUCCCCUUACAGACCAAAAAUGAAUGGUGUUGUUGAAGCUGCUAACAAGAACAUAAAAAAGAUUGUCCAGAAAAUGGUGGUCACAUAUAAAGAUUGGCAGGAAUGGCUUCCUUAUGCUCUACAUGCCUAUCGAACAGCAAUAAGGACGUCAACGGGGGCUACACCUUAUUCAUUAGUUUACAGAAUGGAGGCAGUGAUGCCUUUGGAAGUAGAGAUUCCUUCUCUAAGGGUCCUCAUGGAAUCUGAACUAGAAGAGGCUAAAUGGGCUGAGAUACGAUACGAACAGCUAAAUAUGAUCAGUGAGAAGAGAUUAGCUGCAAUUUGUCACCACCAACUGUAUCAAAACAGGAUAGCAAGAGCAUAUGACAGAAAAGUUCGACCAAGAGAGUUUAAAGAAGGAGAUCUUGUAUUGAGAAAAAUCCUAUUACUACCUAGUGAGAAUCAUAGCAAGUGGGCACCCAAUUAUGAAGGUCCCUAUGUAGUAAAGAAGGCAUUCUCUGGAGGAGCAUUGAUAUUGACAGGAAUGGAUGGAGAAGAUUUGAGUAGGCCAGUGAAUUCCGAUGCCGUGAAGAAAUAUUAUCCAUGA